CUGCCUAUUGAGAAGAUGGUUCUUUAUUUGGACUGGUUUGUUUAUUUCCCACUUAUAUUUUUAUGCCAUUGGAUAGAUAUAACUUUAUCCCUUAACCUUGAGGAUCCCAACGUGUGUAGCCACUGGGAGAGUUAUUCUGUUACAGUGCAAGAAUCUUAUCCACAUCCUUUUGAUCAAAUUUACUACACCAGCUGUACUGAUAUACUGAACUGGUUUAAAUGCACGCGACACAGAAUCAGUUACCGUACUGCCUACAGACAUGGAGAAAAAACUAUGUACCGACGGAAAUCUCAGUGUUGCCCUGGAUUUUAUGAAAGCAGGGAAAUGUGCAUCCCUCAUUGUGCUGAUAAAUGUGUCCAUGGCCGUUGUAUUGCUCCAAACACCUGUCAGUGUGAGCCUGGCUGGGGUGGACCCAACUGUUCCAGUGCUUGUGAUAGUUUUCACUGGGGACCCCACUGCAGUAGUCGCUGCCAGUGCAAGAAUGGAGCUUUGUGCAACCCCAUCACUGGAGCCUGCCACUGUGCUGCUGGAUUCAAGGGAUGGCGCUGUGAAGAACACUGUGACCAAGGGACAUAUGGAAAUGACUGCCAACAAAAGUGCCAGUGCCAGAAUGGAGCCACCUGUGAUCAUGUGACUGGAGAAUGCAGAUGCCCUCCUGGAUACACUGGAGCUUUCUGUGAGGAUCUUUGCCCUCCUGAUAAGCAUGGACCACAGUGUGAAGAAAGAUGUCCAUGCCAGAAUGGAGGAGUAUGUCACCAUGUAACUGGGGAAUGUGCCUGUCCUCCUGGAUGGAUGGGCACCGUCUGUGGUCAGCCAUGUCCAGAAGGUCGUUAUGGAAGAAACUGCUCCCAAGAAUGCCAGUGUCACAAUGGAGGGACAUGUGACUCAGCAACAGGCCAAUGUCACUGUAGUCCAGGUUACACAGGGGAACGCUGCCAAGAUGAAUGUCCGGUUGGAACUUUUGGAAUACAGUGUGCAGAGAUGUGUCAAUGCAUAAAUGGUGGAAAGUGCUAUCACAUUAGUGGUGCAUGUCUCUGUGAUCCAGGAUACACAGGGGAACACUGUGAAACAAGGCUAUGCACUGAAGGUGUUUAUGGUAUCAAAUGUGAUAGAAACUGUCCCUGUCACUUACCAAAUACUCUCAGCUGUCACCCUAUGUCUGGAGAAUGCUCCUGCAAACCGGGCUGGUCUGGACUGGACUGUAAUGAGACAUGUUCCCCAGGAUUCUAUGGUGAAUCUUGUCAACAAAUCUGCAGUUGCCAAAAUGGUGCUGACUGUGAUAGUGUGACUGGAAAAUGUAUAUGUGCUCCAGGUUUUAAGGGCCCUGAUUGUUCUGUCCCGUGCCCUCUCGGAACAUAUGGAGUGAAAUGUUCUUCUACAUGCAGCUGCAAAAACAAGGCCAUCUGCUCCCCUGUGGAUGGUUCUUGUACCUGCAAAGCAGGUUGGCAUGGAGUGGAUUGCUCUAUAAACUGCCCUAGUGGAACAUGGGGUCUUGGUUGUAAUUUAACUUGCCAGUGCCUUAAUGGGGGAGCUUGCAACACUCUGGAUGGAACUUGUACCUGUGCUCCAGGAUGGAGAGGAGAAAAAUGUGAACACCAUUGUCAGGAUGGUACUUAUGGGUUGGACUGUGCUGAGCGGUGUGACUGCAGCCAUGCAGAUGGCUGUCACCCAACUACUGGCUACUGUCGCUGUCUCCCUGGAUGGUCAGGUAUGCAUUGUGACAGUGUAUGUACUGAGGGACGUUGGGGUCCAAACUGUUCAUUGUCCUGUUUCUGUAAAAAUGGUGCAUCAUGCUCUCCAGAUGAAGGGAUCUGUGAAUGUGCACCUGGCUACAGAGGCACUACUUGUCAAAGAAUUUGCUCCCCUGGAUUUUAUGGCCAUCGCUGUAGCCAGGCAUGCCCCCAGUGUGUGCACAGCAGUGGUCCGUGCCACCACGUGACUGGACUUUGUGACUGCUUACCUGGUUUCACAGGAGCCCUUUGCAAUGAAGUCUGUCCCAGUGGCAGAUUUGGGAAGAACUGUGCAGGAAUUUGCACAUGCACCAACAAUGGGACUUGUAAUCCAAUUGACCGGUCUUGUCAAUGUUACCCUGGCUGGAUUGGUAGUGACUGUUCUCAGCCUUGCCCUCCUUCCCAUUGGGGCCCCAAUUGUAUCCAUACCUGCAAUUGCCACAAUGGAGCUCGGUGUAGUGCCUAUGAUGGGGAAUGCAAAUGUACACCAGGGUGGACUGGCCUCUACUGUACCCAGAGAUGUCCUUUGGGGUUUUAUGGAAGGGACUGUGCAUUAACCUGCCAGUGCCAAAAUGGAGCUGACUGUGAUCACAUCUCAGGGCAGUGUACAUGUCGCACAGGAUUCAUGGGAAAACACUGUGAACAAAAGUGCCCUCCAGGGACAUAUGGCUAUGGCUGCCGACAAAUAUGUGACUGUCUGAACAACUCAACUUGUGACUACAUCACAGGGACCUGUUACUGCAGUCCUGGAUGGAAAGGAGCAAGAUGUGACCAAGGUACUGGAGUAAUCAUAGUAGGAAAUUUGAACAGUUUAAGUCGCACUAGUGCUGCCAUUUCUGCAGAUUCUUACCAGAUUGGAGCUAUUGCUGGUAUCAUUAUUCUUGUCUUGGUUGUCCUCUUCCUGCUAGCACUAUUCAUUAUUUAUAGACAAAAGCAGAAGGGAAAAGAAACAAAUAUGCCUGCAGUUUCUUAUACACCUGCCAUGAGGGUCAUCAAUACAGACUACACCAUUUCAGAAACCAUUCCUCACAAUAAUGGUGGAAAUGCUAAUAGCCACUACUUUUCUAACCCAAGCUAUCACACUCUAACACAGUGCUCAACAAAUGCCAACAACAUAGACAGGAUGACCUUGUCAAAGCCAACCAACAACCAGCUGUUCUUGAAUCUUAAGAACGUGGAUCAAAGGAAAAGAGGGCCUCUCAUGGACUACACAGGAACACUGCCUGCUGACUGGAAACAUGGAGGCUACCUCAAUGAGCUUGGGGCAUUUGGAAUUGAUAGAACAAUAGGAAAAUCUCUGAAAGAUCUGGUGAAGAAUUCUGAAUAUAACUUAAGUAACUGCUCCUUAAGCAGCUCUGAAAAUCCAUAUGCCACUAUUAAAGAUCCCCCAGCACUUACUCCAAAAAAUUCAGAAUGUGGAUAUGUUGAAAUGAAAUCACCAGCACGCAGGGACUCUGCCUAUGCAGAAAUUAGUAACUCUGCUUCAGCCAACAAGAAUGUCUAUGAAAUUGAACCUACAGUUAGUAUUGUCCAAGGAACGUUUAAUAACAACGGACCUUUCAGCCAAGAUCUUUAUGAUCUACCAAAAAACAGCCACAUUCCCUCCCAUUAUGAUCUGUUGCCUGUUCGGGAUAGUCUUGUAUCUUCGGAGAAAGAUGACGGCAGUGAAUGACAGUGAGGAUUUUAGAGCACAAUGGAACUUUUACAGAGAACGGGGACCUAGUUAUACUCCUUCCUAUCUUUUGCCAUCUGCAUUCAGUAGACGUUUUACUGUAUA